AUGCGUGCUAAUGGAUUUACUCGCAGGUUAUGGAGCGUGCGUGUAGAGAACUACCGAGAUCUUACAAGCUGUGGAAGAUGGUAUGGACUCUUUUCUGCCUGCGGCACCCCUCAUAUCACUAUAUUCCGUGUCACAUGGUGGUGUCAGAAUACAGCUGACCAUAGGCAGUAUCUCGAAUUUCGGACACACCACCUUAAGGGCCGCAACGCGACUGUUUAUCGGGCCGAAUACCAGAAAGUCAACGCGCUUUUCGAGCGUGCUCUCAUCCUGCUCAACAAGAUGCCGCGGAUAUGGGAAAUGUAUCUCUCCUUCCUGCUCCAGCAGCCUCUUGUCACGCAAACCAGACGGACGUUCGAUCGUGCCCUGCGAGCUCUGCCAAUCACACAACACAAUCGGAUUUGGAAGCUCUACAAGACUUUUGCGCGUUCCGCGUCAGGGCAGACGGCCGUGAAGAUCUGGGCUCGAUACAUGCAGAUUCACCCUGAAAAUGCCGAGGAGUACAUUCAACUGCUCGUCGAUAUGGGCCAGUACACGGAGGCUGUGAAGCGGUACAUGGAAAUACUCGACAACCCCCGUUUCCAGUCCAAGGAAGGAAAGAGUAAUUUCCAGCUAUGGACGGAGAUGGUGGACUUGCUGGUAUCAAAGGCAAAGCAGAUCGAGACUGGCCCUCAGGUAGGAAUUGAUGUCGACGCCAUUCUGCGCAGUGGCAUUGAUCGGUUUGCCGACCAGAGGGGCAAGCUGUGGGCUGGUUUGGCCACUUAUUGGAUUACCAGAGGUAAUUUCGAAAAAGCAAGAGAUGUCUUCGAGGAAGGUAUCACCACGGUCAUGACGGUCAGAGACUUUACACUGAUCUUUGACUCUUAUGUCGAAUUCGAGGAGUCUAUCAUUGGCAGCCUGAUGGAAUCAGCAGCAACCCGAACUGACAAAGGACAAAGUGACGAGGAAGCAGACUUCGACCUUGAUCUGCGGAUGAUGCGAUUUGAGCAACUCAUGGAUCGACGACCGUUCCUUGUUAAUGAUGUGCUUCUCAGGCAGAACCCGAACAAUGUCAUUGAGUGGGAGAAGCGAGUGGCCCUCUGGGGAGACAACAAGCACGAGGUCGUGCAAACCUACACAGCUGCUAUUGCGGCUAUUAACCCCAAGAAGGCACACGGCAAAUUCUCCGAACUCUGGGUCAACUAUGCCAAGUUCUACGAAAACGGAGGCGAUCUGGACACGGCUAGAGUCAUCUUUGAGAAGGCUGUCAAGGUUCCUUUCAAAUCAGUUGCUGAACUCGCCGAGACAUGGUGCGAGUGGGCGGAAAUGGAACUGCGGAGCGAGAACUUCGACAAGGCCGUGGAGAUCAUGGCGAAGGCAACGCAAGCACCGAAGAAGUCGACUGUGGACUAUUUCGACGAGAACCUGUCACCUCAGCAACGUGUGCACAAGAGCUGGAAGUUAUGGAGUUUCUAUGUCGAUUUGGUCGAAAGUGUCUCCUCCCUGGAGGAGACGAAGAAGGUCUACGAAAGGAUUUUCGAACUACGCAUCGCUACCCCUCAAACCGUCGUCAACUACGCCAACCUCCUGGAAGAGAACAAAUACUUCGAAGACUCCUUCAAGGUCUACGAACGUGGAUUGGAUCUCUUCAGUUACCCAGUUGCGUUCGAGCUCUGGAACCUCUACCUGACCAAGGCAGUUGACCGGAAAAUUGGAAUUGAACGACUCCGCGAUCUGUUCGAACAAGCCUUGGACGGAUGUCCUCCCAAAUUCGCCAAGCCUCUUUACUUGAUGUAUGGCAACCUGGAAGAGGAGCGCGGUCUGGCCAGACAUGCCAUGAGAAUAUACGAGCGUGCUACCCGCGCCGUCUCCGACGAGGACAGAUUCGAAAUGUUCGAGUUCUACAUCACCAAGUCGGCUUCGAACUUCGGAUUAACGUCCACGAGACCCAUCUACGAACGGGCCAUUGCAGCCUUGCCCGACCAAGAAGCGAAGGAAAUGUGCCUCAAGUUUGCGGAGAUGGAGCGGAGACUCGGUGAAAUCGAUCGGGCCCGUGCUAUCUAUGGGCAUGCGUCGCAGUUCUGCGAUCCCCGGACCAACGCGCCCUUCUGGCAGAAAUGGGAGGCAUUUGAAGUCCAGCACGGAAACGAGGACACCUUCAAGGAGAUGCUUCGUAUCAAGCGCAGUGUUCAAGCACAGUACAACACCGACGUCAACUUUAUCGCUUCCCAGGCGAUUGCCCGCAGUCAACAGCGGACCCAAGAUGGCGGCAAAGACAACACUGAGCAAGACGGCGUGGACGCGGAGGCGGAGCGUGCAGACGCAAUGGCAGCAUUGGAGCGACAGGCUCGUGCCCCCGUGGGCUUUGUCGCCGCCAGCACCGGACCAGAAGGUGGCAACCGGCCACCUCCAGCUGGCCAGGAACAGCAGCCCCCGGCUGCUCCAGUCAACCCGGAUGCGAUUGACCUCGAUGACGACAUGGAUGCUGACUAG